AUGUCCCUCCAGGCCUCACCCCUGUCACCCCCACCGGGCAGGGGCAGCCGCACCGAGCCGCAGGAUCUCGCUCCACGAGAAGGGGGGAGGGGAGGAGGGAAGGUCCCACCUGUUCCGUCGUCGAGGGGCAUCGAGGGGUCGCAAUGGGGUAAUCCCGAAACCCUGGGCGCCCUGGACCGCUGCAAUCUGGCCUGGAGCCCCAACUCGGCUGGGGGAGCCCCGCCGACGGCCCGCCCCCUCCGAGCCGGGAUCCGGACUGCGCUCCCCCCUCCCUCCCCCGCACCCACCCCCCGCGAGCGGCCCGGCCGGGGGAGUGCCCGCCAGGUCCGCGCGCGGCCCCGCCCGGGCUGCGCUCACGCCCCCUCUCCCCAGGGCCGCCCGCCCCUCCGCGGGUCAGGCCUGGCCCGAGACACCCGCGGCGCGCCCGCCCUCCCGGCCACCCCGAGGCCGACUCUGCCCCCGCCCCACGACUCACUUGCACCGGAGUCGCGGCAGCCGCCGGAAUUCCGCUCGCUGAGCCCCCACGCCGCGAAACGAAAUCCGGGGCAGGGCAGCGUCGGGGCUCCGCACACCUCCCCCCCCCGUCCCCGGUCGCGCGCUCGGGCUGGCUGGCCGCGGCGUCAGGGACGAGCGAGGUGUCGGGACUGGCCCUUCCCGUUCCCUUCCUGCCCGAAACCCGCAGCCCGCCGCCGCUGCCCCAGCCGCGGCUGCCUCGCUGGUGAGAACGCUUCCGACUUGCCACCGCGAGCCUCGGGGCUGCCGAGCAUGCCCAGUCCGCGGCCGAGCCGGCCCGGCUUCCCGCGCGGCGCGAGUCCGCUCCUCCGGGUGUUCGCGGCGGCCGGGGGGGAAUCCCCAUCGUCCUCCUCCCAGAAUAAGACAGUUGCACAGCCCGUAAAAUCUGCAACGCCCAGAGGCUGGGAGAAGCUUUUCUCGGGGCGCACAAGUCUCGGGGAUCAGCAGACCCGAUCCCCCGCGCCCAUCGGGGCCCCACCUCCCGCCGCCGCCGCCGCAGCCGCUCCGCGCUGGGGCGAAAACCCGGAGAGCGCCGGGCCCGGGCGGGAGUACUGCGCAUGCCCGGUAGCUCUACCUGGAGCGGACCGCCUUAAGGAAGGUUUCCCCGGCGCCGGGAACGGGGGCGGUAGUCGGGAGAGCUGGCCUUUUGCGCCGUGUCCGGCCUCCUCGCCCGCCCCCCGCCCCCCGUACCUCGGCGGUGCCCGGCAGCCCGGACCGUGCUUCCCGCGGGAUCGGAACUAG